AUGUUUAUUAAUAAAUGCCUGGAUAUGCUUGCAAUCGGUUCCCCGACCUGUCGGCCGAAGAUCGGGACGAAUACACGUGUAAUAUUUGACUGUCCGGUGACCACAACCUGUUGUCUACAGACCUUUUGCGAGGAUUGUAUUAAUGAUUGGCUUCAAAAGAACACUACCUGUCCAUAUGAUAGGAAAUCUUUGACCAAGGCUGAUUUGACACGGGCAUCAAGGAUAAUUGUCAACACCUUGGGGCGAUUUAAGAUACGGUGCGACUAUUGGGACUUAGGGUGCCGUGAAGUGAUUAAAUUGGAAGCACUACCACAUCAUACACUCAACUGUCGCUAUAAAGACACAAAAUGUCUUAAAUGUCAAUGCGUUCAACAAUCGGGACACGACUGUAUCGAUACGUUGCGGGCAGAGAUCGAGGCAUUAAAAAUAACUAAAAAUGACAAAGCUGAUAAUAGUUGUAGUACUAGUGGUUGCAGUAGUAAUGAUCAAUCACUGGAUUGGACAGUAUAUAAGGCCCGAUUCAAGCAUAACAAAAUUUGCCGCAUAUUAAACAGACGUAGAUAUUGUGAAAGAGAUAUGAAUGAACCGAUGGUAUCAGUCUUGACGGACAUUGUGUUUGAGGUGAUGGGCCGGUACGACAGUAUGAGAGACACGGCCGCCGCCAUUGAGAUCCGCAUGUCGACUAAAUACCCGGGUAGAAAGUGGCAGUGCUCUCUUGAUGACAAAUCAGUGACUAUUUUCGACUAUUCUGGGUAUAGUAAGCGUGGCACUUAUUUCGAUGGUUACGUGGAUCAGCUAGGAAAUGUAUUACCGUUAAUCAGUCGUUAUGUAUGCAGUGUCCCGUCGCUAUGUAUGCGGUGUCCCGUCGACCCAAAUGCCGAUCAGAACUGUCCCGUCGAUGCGAAUCUAACGCUGAAUUCGAAUAUGAAAUUAAAAAUAUUCUAUCUCGAAUAUUUUUCGACAAUCAUCACAACACACAAACUACAGAUCAGAUCCAAUUACCUGAUCCUAUCGCUCAGCAUCACUGACCUAAUGGUAGGCGCGCUGUCAAUGCCGGUGUUCGCCUAUCACGAAGUGGUACACCUGAACGACUGGCUUAUGGGGUACGCCAUGUGUCACAUCCAUAACUUUGUUACAUACGUCCUGUCCAUCGCCUCAUUCCUCCACAUCUUCUUCAUAGCCAUCGAUAGGUAUCUCUCGGUCUCGAGGGUUGACUACUCGCGGAACCGGAGCCUAAGGCCGGUGUGGGUUAUGAUUGCCAUUUCGUGGACAUUAGCGGUGGCCAAAGGGAUGGGCCGAUCGAUCGGUCAUAUGGGAAGCGAUAUGAUAUAUGUGGAGAGUAUGGACGCACAUCUAUGUCUGUGGUCAGACGACCCGGAUCAUUGGGCCAUUGGCACAGUCAUCAUAGCCAUGAUACUGUUCGUGAUCAUUUAUUCGUUAUAUUAUAAAAUUUAUCAGAAAUCACGGGAAUUUCGCUACAAAACCGAAACUAAUGUCAAUCGCAGUACAGCUGGGAUUCAACAGCAAAAGUCAACCGAUCGGGCGCUAAGUCGAGAGUUUCAAGUGGCCAUCCGAUCGAUUAUAAUAACCUUGAAUUAA